GCUGUUAGAUGCUUUGCAGAGAAUAAUCUGACUUUUUCUGGAGUUACAGCGCCUAUAGGAUGAGACUCUGGACUCCGAUUAUCAUUUUCUCGGUGUGCGCAUCAUUCCCUCUGUCAGCUGAGGUUUCCCAAGUUGAAGAUGCAGCUUUGGAGCGCCGCUGUUUGGACCGAGCCUGUAACCCCCGCAUGGGUAACCUGGCUCAGGGCAGAUUGCUCAGCACGCAGUCUGUCUGUGGCUACAACUCCUCGGAGCCCUUCUGCUUCUUCCAACAGACCGCUGCCCCUCGCAGGAGGGAGUCCUGCUCGGCAGCGGAAUGCAGCCGGUGCAACGCUGCUAUCCCCAAACAGGCGCACCCUCCCUCCGCCAUGAGUGACUCCUCUUUCCGCUACCCUGACACCUGGUGGCAGUCUGCCGAGGGGGUAGAGGAGGAAAAGCUCCAGCUGGACCUGGAGACGAAGUUUCUAUUCACUCAUUUAAUCUUGGUGUUCCGCUCGCCCCGUCCUGUCGCCAUGGUGCUGGAGCGCUCCCAGGACCACGGGCACACAUGGAAGCCCCUUAGAUAUUUUUCCCGGCACUGCGAGGAGGUGUUCGGCCUUGCAGAGGGUUCACCAGUAAGGGAUGGUGGGGCAACUUGUACCUCCAAGUAUUCUGGAGCCUUUCCUUGUACCAGAGGAGAGGUGAUUUAUAAAGCCUUGUCGCCUUGGCACUCAUUAGAUCCCUAUGGACCGGCUGCUCAGGAACAGCUCAUGAUCACCAACCUGAGAGUCCAUCUGCUGCAGAGACAGCAGUGUCCGUGCCAGGCCAAACAUCCUGGAGCCGCCGUCCUCCCAAUGGACCAUUACGCCAUCUAUGAUUUCAUUGUGAAAGGCAGCUGCCUUUGCAAUGGACAUGCUGACCACUGUGUGCCAGCCAGGGGCUACAAACCCACCCAACAGAGGAGUCGCAACAUAGUCCAUGGCAAGUGUGUUUGCAGACAUAACACAGUCGGUGACCACUGUGAGCGCUGCGCACCUCUCUACAAUGACCUGCCGUGGCAGGCAGCCAACGGCAUCAUGGGUACUCCGCAUGAAUGCCAGAAGUGCAAGUGUAACAGCCAUGCCAAGAGCUGUCACUUCAGUCGAGGACUGUGGCUGGCGGCGGGCAGGCGGAGUGGAGGUGUGUGUGAUGACUGCCGCCACAACACAGAAGGCCGUCACUGCCAACACUGUAAGAAGGGCUUCUACAGGGACUCCAGCAAACCAAAAACUGCACCAGACUCUUGCAAAUCUUGCUCUUGCCACCCUGUCGGCUCCGUCUUCUCAGGUGGUAGCCCUCUCUGUAACCCAGGCAAUGGGGAGUGCACUUGUAAGCCAGGUGUUGCCAGCCCCCACUGUGACAGGUGCAUGAUGGGAUACUGGGGGCUUCAUGAAUACGGCUGCUGCCCAUGUGACUGCACAGAGGGCUGUGACCCCUACAGUGGUGACUGCAUUUCUGGCUCAGAUGUAGAGGUCCUCUAUGCAGCCGCUGGCCACAUGGGAUACAGCAGCAAUAAUAGUGAGACGGCACUCUUUAGGGUAGAGGAGCUUUUCUCUGCACUGCACCACUCUGAGAAAUGUGAAUGUGCAGAAGUUACCCUUGCCAGUCCUAAACUGUUCUGUGUUGCAGAGUUUGACUAUGUGUUGGUGGUGAAGGUGAUGUCUGCUCAUGAUAAGGGCUCUCAUGCAGAGGUGGAGGUCAAGGUUAAUAAGGUUUUGUAUCAGAGCCCUCAGAUGAAAAUCCAGUGGGGAAGUGUCACUCUGUUUCCAGAGUCUUGGAUCAUCAAAGGAUGUACCUGUCCUGUCCUCAAUCCAGGAUCUGAGUAUAUAGUGGCUGGUCAUGAGGACUGGAAGACUGGUCGACUUCUGAUCAACACCAAAAGCUUUGUUAAACCAUGGAAGUCAAGCCUGGGACGCAAACUUCUUCACAUCCUUAGAAAAGAAUGUGGUCGCUAGUAGAGAAUUAUCUAGAAAUUCAGUGGAUGGGGACAGGAAAUUAUCAUUUGUAAUAUACCGAUGUGAGAAGAAGAAAAUGAAACACUUGACAAAGGGACUCUUUGAACUAACUAAAAGUAAUAUGUUGUUGCCUGAAUGGAGUCUACGGAUGGAGGGCAGAUACCUUUGUCAGCCUACAGUUGCUGCAGGAUCAAAGAGAACAAAGCAAGCCAUAAAGACUUUCAUCCUGCAAAGAUGAUGUUGUAAUUUUAUUUCUGUUCUGUGCAAUUUCUCAGCUCUUAGGCUCUUCCACAUUAUUUUUUAUAACAAGAGCAUAUUUAACUGUCACCUAUAUUUUGUUUCCUUGGCAAAGUUGAUAUGAGUGAGUUGAAGCUGUAUCUGUUUCACUGAGAAUUGUUUUACUUUAAAUGUUUGCAAAUGCACUGAGAAUUAUUCCUACUUUCUCAGAUAUGUGGUGGUAGAGCAUGAACGAAUCAACAUCAGGAAGUGUGUGUGGGCAUGUAUGAUAUGUACAUAAUUUAAUUUUAUAUCCUUGACUAGGAGUCUGUGCUUUGCAUACCACAACAUGCAACUCCUGAAUGAGAAAAGAGGAUGAAAAAAACAUGAAAGAGAUAAGGCCGUUUAAUCUAAAGAGCUCUACUUUGAACUCUCAUCUGAUAGAGCAAAACUCAUCCUACUUCACUGUUUCUGGUCUGCAGCACAUUCUGUUGACUAAAACACUGAGGGUUAAAGUUUCUUGCAAGCCCUCUCAGCUAGUUUUAUUAAAAGAGUGAAACUUAUCAGACACUCAGACUCAGUCCGUGAGGAUUUUUUCUGUCCUGGAAAGACCUGCUUUCAUAUGAGAGUAAUAUAUUUUAUUUGAAGGCGCCUUUCAAGUCACCCAAGGUCACCUUACAGAUAAUAAAAGCAUAUCAGACAACAUUAAAACAAAGCAUCAGCCUAAAAUCAAGUGUAGCGAACAGUGUCAGAGUGAGUAUGCCAGUUCAAACAGGUUGGUUUUAAGUUUAGAUUUGAAUGGUAUGAUGGUGUCUGACUGUGUUUAAAGCUAAAGGCUGGGGAACCAUAGCACCGGGGCGUGAUGUGGGGAUGGUUAGUAGUCCAGCAGAGGAUGCGGCAGAGGCUGUAUUCUUGGAGGAGGUUGCAGAGAUAAGUGGGGUCUAGAUGUUGGAGAGUUUUGUAUCUGAGGUGGAAGUUUUUGUGAGGGAUGCAGUAUUGAACCAGGAGCCAGCGAAGUAGAAUGAAAAUGGGGGUGAUGUGGUCGAUUGAUUUGGUGCGGGUGAUGAUCCGGGCAGCUGAGUUCUGCAUAAUUUGCAGUUAGUUGAUGAGUUUGAGGGGAUUGUGGUCAGGAGGGCGUGACAAUAGUCAAUGAGGGAAGUGACAGAUGAAUGUUGGCUACCAGGAUUUCAGGGCUGGAUUGGGACAGUAAUGGAGAUGUGGCGAAGGAGGAAGGCAGUCUGGGUGAUGCUUAGAAUAUAAAAUGCAAAUGAAAGGGUACUGUCCAGAGUGAUGCCACAGCUUUUGACUUGAGUGGAGAAGGAAACAGGGAAUCCGUUAAUGGAUAUUUACUGGACAGGGUCAGAGUCUGAACCCAAUGCUGUCAGAGCGCAUUUGCAUUUGUGAGAAACUAUGGAUGCACUCUUAAAAUAUGCUACUCUUUCAUUCCUGUGACUCCUACUGCCCUAGAAUAAAUAUGUAUUUAGAGAUCGAGGGCUAGUUGACAUCACAGUGCAUUAGAUCCAGAGUGUACAGGCCAUUUUUGAACCAGGUCCAGUUAAGAAUAGGCCUGUUCUGCUGUCUCCAAGGAGAGGGAUAAACAUUUAGAGGGACAUGAUGCAUUCCUCAUCCAUGGCAUCACUACCCAUGUUCUUGUCCUAAAGACUUAAACAAAUUUGAAAAAAAAGGCCUGGAAAUUUCUUUUUAACAGAUAAAGUAGUCAUUCAGGGUAAAUGAAUGUAAUUUACCACAAACAUGAUAUUUAAAAUACCAUUUUGAUCUAUUGUCGGAUUUUUUUUUAUCUAAGCUGGAUAGAAUGCACAUUAGUGACCUCAUUCUUUAUAUUUCUGGGAAAAGUCUAUUUAUUUUCAUGGUCUCAUUGUGCUUGUGCACAAGACUUUAAAUAACCUUAUGUGACUUACUGAAAUGUCUUCAAAUGACAGGAUCAUUAUGGUUAUCGCCCUCCAUUGGUCAAAAGCGAGAAUAAUGGUUCUACUAGGUUACGUCACCCUGCCACAAAGAAAUACAAGCAUACAAUAAACCUUAAUACAUGAUAAUUGAAGUUUAAAAUAAGUUUAAACUAUAUCAGAGAGGUGUUGAUUUAGCUUCAUGAUCAUUUUUAGGAUGCAGUUUGUGCUGCUGUUACACGGUUUUAUUCUGAGAGGAUUUUUUUCAUUAUUGGAUUGUUUUUUUUAUGACAGACCAUACUUAUUUUAGCAAGCUGUACCUAAAUAAAUAACAAGUUGGUGGUUAUUUGUUCUGUGUUUGAGCUGCUAGAUUCACUAUGGUGCUUAAAAGUUAGUGAAUCCUUUAGAAUUUGUUUUGUACAUUUGUAUAAAUUGGACUUGAAAUAGAUUAGAUGUGUAAAUAAGUCCUACAUGUAGAAUAACUGCAAUUAAAUAAAUUAAUAAAUUAAAACUAUUCUCCUUGACUAUUCAUGUAUUGAGGAAAAUA